AUGGUAGACUCAAAGCAAGUUCUCAGACUUUACAAGCAAUUACUUGAGAGAGCAUACAAGUUUGACAAUUACAACUUUAGGGAGCACGCCAAGAGAAGGGUUAAUGCGCUUUUCAAGGAACACAAGGAUCUCAAAGAUCCUCAGGAGAUUAGUAAGUUCUACAAUGAUGGUAUUGAUAACCUUGCAUUAUUGACGAGACAAACAACCAUAUCGCAAAUGUAUACUUUCGAUAAGUUGGUUGUGGAACCAUUAAAGAAACACCGUUGA